UACAUCUUUUAUUCCAAAAUUUACAAAAACGUUGGUAAGAAAAACGUAACUUUUAAAGAAAGUUAAUAAAUUAUAUUAUAAUCAGGAAUUUAUAUAGUAAAAUGAAUAAGGAAUCGAGAGAAUUACCUGGAAAAAGUAGUCACUUUGCUCUUCUGGGUCAACAUACAGCCGGUCUAUGGAGAUUUAAAAAAAUGACAGAUAUUGAUAUUGAAGUGGAGAAACAUUCAUAUCCAGCUCACAAAUCUGUUUUAACUUGUUAUUCUCCUUAUUUUAGAAAAAUACUGAUGGAAUCUGAGAAACAGUCUCUGAAAAAUAUUAAACUGAAAUCCAUUACUGCCGAAGCAUUCGGAAUUUUACUAAAUUACAUGUACACGGGAGAACUUGAUAUCAAUUGUCAGAAUUUGACUGAUGUUUAUCAAGCAUCCAAAACACUCGAGAUACACGAAGUAUCCGAACAUUGCAAUAAGAUAUUAACAAAUCCCGAAAAUAAUGUCAAUAAUCUACUUUCCAUAUACGUGACGGCUAAGAAACUGGGUCUUCGCCAAACUUGGCAAAGAGCUCUUAAGGCAAUGGCUAGAAAAUUCGAAGAGGUUAUUGAGUGUAAAGAUUUUGUAGUUUUGAAUGUAGAACAGAUUUGUGAAUUCCUCUCAGUUGAUGUUAUUGGAGCUAGAAGCGAAAUGGUUGUAUACCUCGCGGCAUUAAAAUGGCUCAAUCACAAUUAUUUGGAAAGAGAACAAUAUAUCAAGCAAGUGAUAGAUAAUGUGAGAUUCCAAAUGAUGUCUUUGGAAGAAAUAGUGGCGUGCUACCAUCCGCCACUUCUACCCGGAAUCAUUGAACAUGCCGUAAUCAGAAAUCUUCUUAUUGAUGCCACGAGUCAUGUAUCGGCAAAAAUGUGCGGAAGAGUAGAAAAAAUUUCUGAUAUUAAUCAUCCAAUUAGACAUUACCUUUUAUGCGGACGACCAUUUCUAUUUUGGGAUACAUUCAGAGGUGACUCCGAACAAGCCCUGCUUCGUGAACGGGCCAGUAGAAAGAUACAAGCUUCGUUUCGACUAUACCGAUUAAAAAAACUAUUCGGAAAUAAAAAGAAUAAAAUAAUUACAUCGCAAGCAAUAAUUAGAAGCUUUUUAGUCAGAAAUACUACUAAGUAUUCUCGUAAAUUUGAAGAUGCUUUCAAAGGAAUACAUCAUACUAAAGACACAGGAAUUUCAGCAAAUUACAUUGAUGUAGUAACCACUGAUCCGAGUUUGCAAUUACUUUUACAGAAAAGCUCGUCUAAUUUCGCCACAGAUUGUACUAAAAAUUUAAAAGAAGUUCUUGGUUCUAUACAGUUGUGGGAAGAACCUACUUUGGUUGUUAUAUGUGGACUCGAUCCUAUGAGAAGAAAAGAUAUCACAAAUGUAGAAAGGACGAUGCUGCGAUACAAUUCAAACCAACACGAAUGGGAACGUUGCGGUAAACUACCAAUGUCUCUACAUCAUACAGUAGCAGUGUGUUAUGAAGAUAGUCUCUAUUGUAUAGGUGGAUGCGAUUUAGAAGAAACACAAAAAGGAAAUAUAAUAUCAACUUCAUCAUGUUAUCGAUUUAAUUACCGAAACAAAUCAUGGUUUACCAUGAAAACUAUGCAUCAUGGUCGAAUGUACCACGGAGUAGCAGUUUUAUUUGGCAUGAUUUAUGCGGUUGGAGGAAAAGACGAAAGAAAGAAGUUAUUAUCGUCUAUUGAAUCAUAUUAUCCGGAUACGGACACUUGGUUUGAAGUGAAAAAUCCACUUUCUCACCCAAGAAUGGGAAUGGGUGUUGUUUCUCAUAAUGAUUUGCUAUGGGUAAUCGGUGGGAUGAAACAAUCACUUACUGAAGAUAAAGUGUACAUUGUUACGGAUGUUGAGUGUUUUGAUCCUAAAAGCAACUGCUGGACUGUAAAAUAUGCUAAACUUCCAACACCUUUAACUGCGAUUGGUUGUGUAGAACAUAAGAAAAAACUAUACAUUGUGGGUGGACAAGAGAAAGUAAAGAAUUCUCUCUGUAGUAUUUCUGAAGUAUAUUGCUACAUUGAUGAGGAAGAUGAAUGGUUACCAUGGACCCCAUUACCUUCCCCGAGACAUGGAGUUACAGCUGUUUCUGUUGGUAGCACUUUAUUUGUGAUUGGAGGAUUGACCUCUUACCAAAAAUUUGCUAUUUCUGAUUUCAUAAGCAUGGAUUACAUCAACAGAUCAUGGAAUAAAUGUGAACCAUUACCUUUUCCCAUGUGCGGAAUAGCUGCAGUUUCUCUUCCUGUUCUAGAACAUCAUUAAUCUGUAAUGUUAAUUACAGACUUUAUGAAAAUAAUAUAAACAAGCGAUGUUUCAAGUGUUGUUAAAUAAAGCAAUU